AUGAGGAAAACAUUAACUUCAAUCCGUUUUUUGUCUGACGGUAUUCGUGUCAAAGAUAAAUGGAAUAGUUUGAUCUCCGAUCUCGUGGUUGAACCUACAAAUAGUACAGGUCCACUCUCUGGAACCACUUAUAUCGUGAAAGACAAUAUAGCCACAAGCCAUGGUUAUACCACUGCUGCAUCUAAAAUACUAUCUAACUAUGAAUCACCUUUCAAUGCCACGAUAAUAGAUUUGUUGUCAAGUAAUGGUUCAAAACUAAUAGGGAAAUCAAAUUUGGAUGAAUUUGGGAUGGGAUCAGCAAAUUAUAAUUCGUAUUUCAACAAAGUUACUAAUCCGUAUGAUAAUACUAAAGUUCCAGGUGGAUCUUCUGGUGGCUCUGCUGCGUCCGUGGCUGGGAAAAUGUGUUCAUUCAGCAUUGGAACUGAUACUGGAGGAUCAGUGCGGUUGCCUGCAAGUUAUUGUAACGUAUUUGGAUUCAAACCUACUUAUGGUCGAAUUUCUAGAUGGGGGGUUAUACCGUAUGCACAGACAUUGGAUACAGUGGGGAUUAUAGGUGAAAAUGUAAAUAUUAUAAAGCGUGUUUACGAUGUGCUUAACAAGUAUGACGAUAAGGAUCCCACUUGUUUGCCUGAAGAAGUGAGACAGAAAAUUCCUACCACUAAAAAAGAAACAUUGACUAUCGGUGUUCCACAUGAGUUUGUGUUGAAAGAGCUAUCGGCUGAUGUUAGAGAAUCUUGGGAAUAUGCACUUUCCAAAACAUGUAAAUUGGGACAUUUGGUAAAACCUAUAAGCAUAAAAACUAUCAAGAAGGCACUACCAUCAUACUAUACUUUAGCAACUGCUGAGGCUGCAUCAAAUCUUUCAAGAUAUGAUGGUAUAAGAUACGGAUAUAACACCAAUGAAUUGGUUAAUUCUCCCAUAGAACUAAUUGCAACCAAUAGAUCAGAUGGCUUUGGAAGCGAAGUGCAGAGACGUAUUUUAUUGGGAAAUUACACUUUGUCUUCAGACUCUGGUGACCAUUAUUUGAGAGCCACCCAAAUUAGAGAGGAAUUGUGUGCAGAGUUCUCCUCCAUUUUCAACAAUUCUCAUGUGUUGCUUCAGGAUGAGCAAUCGCUGGAUAAGGUAGAUUUGAUAAUGGCACCAACAUCAACAAGUACUGCACCUACUUGGGACGAGUUUGUUUCCGCAAAUGAAAAAAAUUUCUUAAACAGUUAUGUGAACGAUGUGCUAACUGUCCCGGCAUCAUUAGCAGGGAUUCCAGCAAUUUCUGUGCCAGUUAAUGGGAUCGGAAUUCAAUUGAUGGGACAAUUUGGUGAUGAUGAUUUGGUGUUACAAUUGGCUGAUCAAAUUUAG